UCAAACAAUAGAAGCAGCUUGGAAUUGGCCCAUGAAAAGUUUGCUACUUGCUGCCUCUCUUCCUCUUCUCUUUUCCUCCACAUACCACCCACAGCCUCAUUGACCCGGCAUCAUCAUCAUCACAACACAACAACUACUACCAUCACCACAACCACAACCGCAACAGCAACAGCAACAAUGCCACCCAAGUGGGAACCAUUUGGCCCCCCGGUCAAGUUCGGAGAGAAAGAGAAGAAGAAGGAGGAAGCAAUCAAGGCGGCCAGGUUGACGUGGGACGCCGAAUUCGACAGGCGCUUCGGCGAUAGGCUGAGGGAGAUGGUGCGGGAGUCCGAGGCUCGGGCCGAGAAGGCCGAGAAGGCUGCGGAAAUAGCUCGCAGCUGCGUGCAGUCGCUCGCUGCCGCCAACAACAACGCCGCGAGGAUGGACUCGCAAUAUUACGACAAGAUCAUCGAGGACCUCCAUGCUCGCUGCGAAAAGCUUGAGAAGGACGUCAAGACAACCCAAGAGACCAACAAACAGCUCAAUAAGGCGCAGGAGGAGAGCAAGAGGGAGGCUGCUCGCGCGAGCGAGCACACCAAAAAGCUCAAGAAGGAGAACGACGACCUCAAGGCAGCGGUUGACCAGUGGCGCACCGCCUCCGACGAUUCGAAGGAGGCGACAGCAGCCGUCGAUAAGCUCCUCGACCAGGCUUACCUCGACCUCGAGGAGAAAGAGAAGGCGCGCAAGCGUGCCGCCAAAGCUCGCGACAACUUCGAAGCGCAGCACAAAGAAGCCGAGCUCAGGCUCGCAACCCUCCAGGACGAGUACAAUGCCGUCGACGCCCAAAACCAAGAGCUGAGCGCGCAGACGGAGUUCAAGGCUCUCCAGCAUGAGUUCGAAAGCCUCCAACAGGAACACGAGUCCAUGCGCGACAUUUCCAGCAGCCACGAGCACGAUCUCAUCGUCAAAGACGCCCGCAUCGCCCGCCUCGAGACCGAUCUCCAGAAUGCCCUCAAAGGAAAACUCAACGCCGAAAAAGCCGCAGCUGAAGCAGCCCCACCCACCGAGCCAGAUCAACGUACCGACAACACCGAGAAAACCCUUGACGAAGAGCUGGACGAGGUGUCCGACUCGGAGUUCGAAAACGAUGCCUUCCCCUAUGUGCAGCAGCUUGAACUCGUUCCCAUCGUCACAAUCGCAGACACUCCUCCUGUAGCUGGCAUCACACCUACCGAGCCACAGCGUGCUUCAGUCACCACGCAGACCGAUGCCGCCAUUACACAGCCAAAGCUUUCCAUCUCCACUUCCACUAUUGCAGAGAGCGCGCCUGUCCAGGCCAUCCGGCCGACUCUUUCUUUCACCACCUCUACCAUUGCAGACAGUCCUCCCGUUCAAGCCAUCCAACCUACUCUUUCUCUCACCUCCUCCACUGCUGCAGACAGCGCACCUAUCCCAGCCAUUCAGCCAGCGCUUUCCUUUGCCCCUACUAUCAGCGUCAAAAGCACGCCUAUCGAGCCAAAGAGCAUCUCCACCCAAACCACCACGCACGAGACCGCAGAGACGGCUCGACCUACUCCACCGGAGACUGCAGCAGUUGGCACCCAGACUUCUGCCGACAUUGUGCAGACCGUCACCAUUAAGACCAACCCCACUAAAAAGCUGCUGGGAUUCAACAUUUCUUCCUCAUUCAUCAUCAUCACAUUUCUCCCCAUCAUUCUCCUUCUCCUCUACGCCCUCGCUUCACAGCAAGCUGCCCUUUCCGCCAAAGACCUUGGCCUGUACGCUCAGACCCGCGGCAGCUCCGGCGCCUUUGGAAACGGACGUUACCUCUUCGGCGUUAUCCCCAUCGGCUUCGACAUUGGCCACAAUGAUUGGUCUGAGGGCUUGGCUCGCUUUGCCGCUCGUAACAUCAUGAGCUUUGAGAAUUACGUCGGCGUCUCUCCUACUCCGCUGUACUAAGGGCAUCUUCCUCCUUUCACGACCCUUGGAUGCUUCUCACCACACCUUUACUCCUUGUUCCAUCCGCUGAUAGGAUGAUCUCACUUUUACAUCAUGACGGAGUUCUUCUCUACUAUACCCCCGGAGUUCUUCUUGUUCCAUGGGUUCUUUGGGUGUUCACGGGCGUCUACUCUCUUCCUCAACUGGUCUGGCGGUUUUUUUUUUUGCUGGUUCCCGACAUUAUGCCCACUGAAGAUACCCCCUCCUACGAUUUGCCUGCUUGCUUUCUUGUUAGCUGGCUGGCUUUGUUCCAUGUUACUGUUCUUGCGUGGUUUUUGCGUGGUUUUUGCGUUUAUCUGGCCAUCUCCCUCCCUUUUGCCAAGGACCCGCUCCCCUCUCUCUCCACCUAAUCACUACUACCAUCGGGGAUGCAACUAUCUGCUUUUUUGUUUGGUUCUGCGACUGCGACUGCGACUGCUUCUGUUCUGAUCUGGCCAUCUCCCUCCCUUUUGCCAAGGACCCGCUCCCCUUUCUCUCACCACCUUGAUAGCAGACGACUAUCUUCGGGGAUGUCAUGAAUCUGCUUUCU